UCAACUCUAUCACGUUUAUGCGCGUUUAUUCAAGUUUAUGAACCACUGCUCACGUCUUUCUAAUUCAAUAUGGCUGAAGUAUAAAAAGGUCGGGCGUUUUAAAGUUUUUCACUUUUUUCUUUUUUAUCGUCAUUCACUCAGUUUAACGGUAAAAUAUACUAUGAUUUGCUCGGUCCCUGAACGCACCCCCGUGACGUCAGCAGUUUUUCUUCUCAUGGCGGGAGACACUUCCUCCAUUCUCGAGGCGUUUGUUUACUUCCUGCGUUUACUUCAAUGAAGCUAAACCAACUCAAGUAAAGUUCCCGGUUAGAGUUUAGCAAAAGCUUUACCCUGGUUGUUUCUCGAGUUCGUUUUUGUAAAACAUGUCCAUGUCGUUUACGGAGGACUCGCUGUGUAGAGACAACCCGCUUCUUCUGCCUGUAAACGAGCAGAAGACUGUUUAUGAUGGAUUCAUCACUGUCCAGGACAAAGAUCUACGAAUCAAAAUAAUUCUGCCACCAGAUUUACAGCUGAAGAAAGCUAAACUGCACUGCUGUUGGCAGCUGAAACAUCUGUUGCGUGGAUACGAGGCCAUUGUGAAGCAGCGUCUCCAGCAGUCGGCUGAUCUUUCCAGCUUCAUUCUAGAGUUGAAGACUAUUCUGGAAGUGGGUCUGAAGAGCCGUCCUGAGUGCCGCUCCAUCCCGCCUCCUCAGUAUUACUCUCAGAUAAUCUCUGAGAUGGAGACCCUUGGGUGGGACAAGAUGGUCUACAUAGACAUGGAGUUCCAAACACUGAAACUGAAGGCAGAGGACUCUUCUGGGAGGCAGCACAUGUUCACCGUCAGACUCAAGGCAAAGCAUCCUGCAGAGGCUCCCGAAUGCUCUGCUGACCUGCCAGUCCCACUGUCCGUCACCUGGACCCCACAGAGUACUCUGGAGCAGCUUUAUAGCCAGUUCCUUCUGGUUCUGGACUCUCUAACCGAGUUCUGGGAUGUCCUGGAUGAGAUUGAUGAGAAGACCUGGAUCCUGGAACCGGAAAACCCCAGCCGCUCAGAUACAAUGAGGCGGAUUGCCAUCGGAAACAACGUAUCCAUCAAGGUGGAGGUGGAUCCUAGACACCCCAAGAUGCUGCCAGAGUGCUGCCUGCUUGGAGCUGAGCAUGCGGUGACACCUCUGAGGAAUAAGCUGAAUGCCAACAUGCACCUGUGGAACCCGGACUCCAGCGUCUUGCACAACCUCCGGGAUGUUUUGGAGAUCGAAUUCCCGUCACCUGCCACCCACGAAAAAUCUAGCUUCAGCGUGGAGUGUGGCAUCUGUUACUCCUAUCGCCUUGAAUCUGCCAUCCCCGAUCAAGUGUGCAAUGACCCCCGCUGUGGGCAGCCCUUCCAUCAGGCCUGUCUGUAUGAGUGGCUGCGAGCGCUCCCCACCUGCAGACAGAGCUUCAGCAUCAUUUUUGGAGAGUGCCCUUACUGCAGCAAGCCCAUCACUGUGAAAAUGCCCAGUGAAGUCCAGAAGUUGUGAGAGGAGGCGCGUUGCCACGGCAACUCUAAUGCUGGGAAGUAGCUUGAAGAAAUACUGUCAACCAUACAACAUUUGGUAACUGCUAUAAAAGACAAAAAACACUUGGAGAUUUAUUGUGCCUCAACAAACUGCAACACAGUCCCCAAAAAGAGGAAGAAGCCCACCCAGUAGAGCCAGGACCUGUGAGCGUCUGUGUGCGUGGGAGCAGCGUCUUGUCUGGGUUCUGUGUGAACAGAGCGCCUCCACGGCCCACAGUCCCACCGCUCCUGAUCUCUGCAGCGUCCUCUGUGAUGGAGCGGCCUUUCAUCCCAGCCUUCUCUGUAAUCCGCGUGCGUUUUCCUGUCACUCUGUGUCCUCGUGUGUUUUCCGCUUUGAUGCUGGAGUUGAUCUCCUUGUUUCCCUGACAUCACAGCCAGAUCAUUUGUUUUCCUGCUGCUCCGCUGGGUUCUAGUUCUCUGUCAAAGAGGGCAAUUCAGGUGUAUGUUCUUUUAGUGCAUAAAGUUAAACUAAAGAAGGUUUAAAGUCAGCAGUUAUGCUUGAGGAGUCUGCCUGCCUGUUUCUUUGCCUCACAGCCGUUUGGACUGAGCACCAGAACUUACUGGAGGACCCCUGACAUGGCACAAAUGACUGGUUUUGGGUCUCUCUUCCUCUUCCUCACUGUCUUCUUCAUAAGUGCGUGGAUGUCUGGGCCUCAGAGUUCUCCUGACAGGAGGAGAAACUUCUUCUGUCUAUCAAACAAUGAAAACAAACAUCAAGAAUAAAUACCUGAAUGGGAACCAAAGAACAUCAGAAAGUCACUACUUUUUGAACUAAAAGUACUUUAUCAAGAGGAGCAAAAUUGGAGAGUCAAAUGAUUUAACUAAAAAACAAUCUAAUGUCUACACAAACGUAUUGAACCUUUUGUUUUUCUUAACAAAUGAUUUUACCUAUGUUACAAAAUAAAUUCUUUUUUACUGCUGGA